AUGUCGGUGUUCCACGAUGAAGUCGAAAUCGAGGAUUUCGAGUUCGACGAGGAGAAGGACGUCUAUCACUACCCAUGUCCAGAAAUGCUAGAAAUGGGCGAAGACGUCGCACAGUGUCCCAGCUGCUCCCUUCUGAUACGUGUCAUUUAUGAUCCCGAGGAUUUUGUGAAGCUCGAAACGAUUUCAUCGAAGCCGGUGGCUGAAACUGUUAAUUAA